AUUCCUCAAUUAUCGGUCAAGCAUGUCGUUAGUUCUGUGGAAAUACGAUAAUCCAAGAGUUGAUUACCGUACAGAUGAAAUUCAUAUAUCUCUCUUUAACAACAGAUUAACAUUCUAUCAAGACACAAAUAUUAAUAUUACACAACGACAGAACACGGCAUAUAAGCUAUGGGAUGGCUCUUAUUUACUAGCCAAAUUCUUAGAAUCGAAAAUCCAUUUUGGUUCUUGUUAUUGGAAAGCUAAAAAUGUCAUAGAAUUAGGAUCUGGUUGUGGUCUCGUUAGUCUAGCAGCCUGGUUGCUUGGAGCGAAAGUUAUUGCCACUGAUUUGCCGCAAGUCUUGUCUCACACUCGCGCAUGCAUCACAAAGAACGUUAAAUCCAUUGCAAGCAAUAAAUCUCUAAAUUGUGACAAGAUUUUUGUAGACGAUUAUACUUGGGGUAAAUCAAAGCAGUUCAAAAGCUUUUCAAAUUUUCAGGUUAUAUUAGCAUCAGACGUGAUUUAUGAAAGAGAAAACUUAAACGACCUCAUUCAAGCUUUGAAGGAUUUGAGCAACAAAGAAACUGCUAUCUGGAUAUCAUACAAACCAAGGGGAUUAGGAGAGGAUGUGUUUUUUGAUCUAAUAAAUAAUGACUUUGAAAUUAAUCACAUUAAAAAAUGUGAAUUACCACAAGAAUUCCAACAAUCUCAGUAUAAAAUAAUAAAUAUGAAAAGAACUUCUUGA